UAGUGUCAUGCGUUAAACAAUCCGUACGAGACCUACAAUCUGCAACCCAUCAUAAUAGACAGAUCGAUAUAUUUUAUAUUGAUACCUACUCCGCUUCAAGUGUUUCUACAAAAUGUAAUCGUCGACCAAUCGAUUUUUAAGAUAAGAAGAUCAUCAUAUUUUUGACGAUAUGAGUACACGACCUCACAUAAUAUAUUAAGAAAAUCGAAAUAAAUUAUAACUAUGGACUUAAUGGCGGAUAAUUCUCUUACGUACCUGUGCAUUGCGUCCAGAAGUUUCGCUCUUUUGAACAACUGCGUGUGUUAUAGUGUCUGUUACAUCUAUGUAUAUUACGGUAGACAGUAUUUCCAAAAUUACAACUUGCAAUGGAAUACAGAUUUCAAGAAUAGUCUAAUAGUAUUCUUCGAGAACGUGGAUACAACAGAAAAAAUAUACUUCUCGCUUUCCAUGUGUUUGUUGAUGUUGAUAAUAGCUAUGAUUUUUGUUAAUCAUAAAUUCAGAUUCAAAUCUCAACCUAAUGUCUUCACGAUCAAGCUUUGGUUAAUAGUAUACAAAGUGGUUUUUUAUUUCGUUCUCAUCUCUUACACUAUACCGUCAAUAUUUACAAUAACGAAGAAGUACGAUGUGUUGCUGGUUGGAAUUAUAGUCGGCGCGAUUUUAGCUUAUGAAAUAUAUAUAGUCAAAUGCCUGUACGAUGAAUUACGUCUUCAGAACACGUCUGUACUUGAUCUGAUCAACCUCAGCUCUAUGCGAUACCUAAGUGUCCAGUCAACGGAUCGAAAUUCGCAUCUAACGGUGGUUCAUUCGACCAUGGCGCUUAUGUCGUACUUUCUGUGGAUAUUUUUUAUACUCAGAAAACGGAUGAAUCCCAUGCCGUCCAAUCGUGUGUCCAUCUAGGUAUAGAACACCCGCAAUACGGCGAUUAAGGGUUGUACGACUAUACGAGUUUAUAGUUAAUUUUAUUAUCGAAUAGUAAAUUAUGUCGGUACAAUUGACAGAAAUUACAGACAUUAAUUAUUUCACGAUAUUGUACAGUUAAAUGUCAAACCUGUUAAUUUAUUUUUUUUAACAAAGACUA